AUGGGUCUAAACGACAGCAGCCCGGGCGCCAUGCGCAACGGCCGAGGGCUCUCGGACCAGUGGGCGGAAACGGUGGUGGUCCGGCCUCGAACCACCGAGCGCCACAUCACGGUGCACAAGCGCCUGGUGCUGGGGUUCGCCCUGUCCAUCCUCACCCUCAUCAUCGUCACCGCGGUGGCCGUGGUGCUCAGCGUCCGCUUCGAGGAGUGCGGUGGACGGGAUGGCGACGGGGCCACGGGGGAGUCGGGCUCCCGGGGGUCGUCCAAGUUGAACGGGAGCAGAGGGGAGAGGACGGGGGAGAGGGGGGACGAGGAGGCGGUCCAGCCGUGGAGGAACUCCAGGCUGCCGGGCUCUCUGAGGCCGCGGCACUACGACCUGAGGCUCGCCGUCUACAUGGACAACUUCACCUUCUCCGGAGAGGUCAGCAUCGAGCUGGAGUGCAUCAACGCCACCCGGUUCAUCGUGCUGCACACCGACCGCCUUGAGGUGGACCGGGUGUCCGUCUCAGCAGAGGGCGGCGGCGGUGGCGGUGGCCGACAAGCCAACAGGCCCGGGGGCGGAGCCAUGCGUAUCCACCGGCACUUCCCCUUCCCGACCAAUCAGAUGUACGUGGUGGUUCUGCACCGCGAGAUGAAGCCCAUGAGGGUCUACCGGCUGAACGUGAGCUUCGACGCCGCCAUCGAGGACGAGCUGCUGGGCUUCUUCAGGAGCUCCUACAUGCUGCAGAGAGAGAGACGCUACCUGGCGGUGACCCAGUUCAGUCCGAUCCACGCCCGGAAGGCCUUCCCCUGCUUUGACGAGCCCGUCUACAAGGCCACGUUCUCCCUCACGCUCCGCCACGACUCCCAGUACACCUCGCUGUCCAACAUGCCCGUGGAGAGCAGCUCGCUGUCGGACGAGGACGGCUGGACCACCAACCGCUUCGCCCGCACCCCACGCAUGUCCACCUACUACCUGGCCUGGGCCGUCUGCAACUUCACCUACAGGGAGACGGUGACCGACGGCGGCGUGACGAUUCGUUUGUACGCCCGGCCGGAUGCCAUCGCCAGCGGAGCCGGUGACUACGCUCUCCACAUCACCAAGAGGCUUCUGGGAUUCUACCAGGACUACUUCAAAGUCCAGUACUCACUGCCCAAGCUAGACUUGUUGGCGGUGCCCAAACAUCCCUACGCCGCCAUGGAGAACUGGGGGCUGAGCGUCUUCGUGGAGCAGAAGAUCCUAUUGGACGCUGAGGUGUCGUCGUCGUCCUAUCAGAUGGAGCUCACCAUGGUGGUCGUCCACGAAAUCUGCCACCAGUGGUUUGGUGAUCUGGUGACUCCGGUCUGGUGGGAGGACGUCUGGUUAAAAGAAGGUUUUGCUCAUUUCUUCGAGUACGUCGGCACCGACUUCCUCUUCCCGAAGUGGAACAUGGAGAAGCAACGCUUCCUGACAGAUGUCCUUCAUGAGGUGAUGCUAUUGGACGGCCUAAGCUCCUCCCACCCGAUCUCCCAGGAAGUGGAGCAGGCGACGGACAUCGACCGAGUCUUUGACUGGAUCGCCUACAAAAAAGGGGCGGCGUUGAUCCGGAUGCUGGCUAACGUGAUGGGACAGACGCUGUUCCAGAAAGGACUCAAUGAUUAUCUGCUGAGUCACAUGUACGGAAACGCAGCCAGAGACGACCUGUGGCGCAAACUGUCUCAGGCCAUGCGUUCAGAGGGGCGGGACAUCGACAUUGGGCGGAUGAUGGACAGGUGGACUCUACAGAUGGGCUACCCGGUUGUUACCAUCAGCAAGAACCAAUCAGAGCAGCAGACCACUCAUUACAUCACCGUCAACCAGGAGCACUUCCUGUACGGGCAGGAAGUCAGGAGCAACAACAGUUUACAGUGGCAGGUUCCGUUGACGGUGGCUGUGGGGAAUGCAUCCAGUGUUUGUGCCGAGAGCCUCAUCUGGAUCAACAACAAGACAGAAACCCACAGGAUUGGACAGAUGGACGACACGACCUGGCUGCUAGGCAACAUCAACCAGACGGGAUACUUCCGCGUGAACUAUGACCUCCAGAACUGGAAACUGUUGAUUCAACAGCUCCAUAACAACCCUCAAAUCAUCUCCGUUGGAAACAGGGCGGGACUUAUCGACGAUGCCUUCAACCUCGCCAGGGCUGGUUACCUCCCACAGGGCGUUCCCUUGCAGCUGAUUGGCUACCUGCCGGAGGAGCCGUCCUUCUUGCCGUGGCACUCUGCCAGCCGAGCGCUCUACCAGCUGGACAAACUGCUGGACCGCACGGACGAAUACAGCCUGUUCAGUGACUACGUGUUGAAGCAGGUUGCAUCACGGUACCAUCAGAUGGGUUGGCCAACUAACGGGCCCGGCAGCGAGGGCAACGUGCUGCAGGCGUCCUACCAGACUGAGGAGUUACAGAGGGAGCUAAUCAUGUUAGCAUGUAGCUUCGGAAACAAACAGUGCCACCGUCAGGCCGUCGCCUACAUCUCUGACUGGAUCUCCAGCAACAAGAACAGGAUUCCUCCGAACAUCAGAGACAUAGUUUACUGCACCGGGGUCAGUCUGAUGGACGAGGACGUUUGGGAGUUCAUCUGGAUGAAGUUUCACUCCACCAACGCCGUCUCAGAGAAGAAGAUCCUGCUGGAGGCUCUGACCUGCUCGGACAACACCUUCCUCCUCAACAGGUUACUGAACCUGUCCCUGACCUCUGACCUGGUCCCGGAGCAGGACGUGAUCGACGUCAUCAUCCACGUGGGCAGAAACCCGCAGGGUCGAAACCUCGCCUGGAAGUAUUUCAGAGAAAAGUGGGACAUCCUGAACGCUCGUUACGGUGAAGCGUUGUUCAUGAACUCAAAGCUCAUCGGAGGAGUCACGGAGUUCCUGAACACUGAGAGAGAACUCAAUGAGUUGAAGGAGUUCAUCCAGUCCAGCGGUGUAGGGGCGGGGCCUGCGUGGCCGCGGGCGCUGGAGAUCGUCGAGGGCAACGUGCGUUGGCACCGCCUCCACCGGCGGCAGUUCUUCCAGUGGCUUCGCAAACCUCCGAGCCUCGGCUAA